CUAUGACAUCGUGGCUCUUGGAGUUCCAAUGUCACGCUGCAGGUGUCAACACCUUUCUCCUCAUAAGCCUAUUGCUCCCUGAUUACUUGUUUGUUUCCAUCUGUCUGACACAAGACCUGACUACUGGCCGGAAUUACCCAGAUGAACCGUCGAGGAAGCUUUACCAAGCGCGAUCCAGCGGCCACCCACGCCUGGCUUAUCGGCAGUGGAAUUGCAUCUCUUUCCGCAGCGGUGCAUCUGAUCCACGAUGCCCAUGUUCCAGCCGCUAAUGUUCACAUUCUUGAUGUGCACUCACACGCCGGCGGUGCUAUCAAAAGCUGCGGCAACGCCGAGGAUGGCUACGUCCUGUAUACUGGAAGCUUGCCCUACUUCCACGAUCGAUGUGUAGAGAACCUUUUGUCUCUGGUCCCAGAUGCCGAAGACUCGCAGAAAUCACUAUUGCAAUCCAUCAAAGAAUUUGACAAGGAAUCUGUCCCGGAAACCGCAGCCACGACGCGUCUCAUGAAGCAAGGGAAAGAUGGCCCGGAACUAGCUCACACCAAAAGCAUGCAAAUUGGUCCUCGAUACCGGUUGGAGUUGAUCAAGGUGAUGCUUGAGAACGAACGGACUCUCGGGGAGAAGAGCAUCCAGGAAAUCUUCGAUGAGGCUUUCUUUAAAACUAACUUCUGGACGCUGUGGUCUACCACCUUUGCUCUGCAGCCGUGGCACAGUGCAGUGGAGUUCCGGAGAUGCCUCUGUAAGCAUCUGGCUGAUAUCGAACGCCUGAACGAUGUCAAAGCUCUGGAUCGAACCAAGUAUACAAUCUACGAGUCUAUCAUUCUUCCGAUUGAGUCAUAUCUGAGAAGAUCUGGGGUCGACUUCCACUUCCAUGCAAAGGUUACCAACCUCCAAAUGAACGCGAAGGAGGUCCAAACCACAGUCUCGCAGAUCUUCCUGGAUGACGGCGGGGAACAAAAGGCCAUCGAGGUACGACCGGAGGACAUAGUCAUCGUAACGCUUGGAUCAACGAGCUCCGGUUCCCAGAGGGGCUCGAAUGAUGCCCCUCCAACCCCACCACAGGAGGUUAAAAAUGGUGACUGGUCAUUGUGGAUAGAGUUGGCGGAGAAGUGUUCGGACUUUGGAAACCCAUUGAAUUUCCACCGGAAUAUCGAACAAGCAGCCGUGGAGAAUUUCACAGUCACCCUCCGCAACUCCGACUUUAUGCAGCGUUACGAAACGUUGACCCACGACAAGCCUGGUGCGGGUGCUCUAAUUUCAUUCGCUGAUAGCAACUGGGGUCUCAGUCUCAGCGUUCCCCGUCAGCCCGUGUGUUCUAACCAGCCGCCCGACGUCGACGUAUUCUGGGGCUAUGGGCUGCAUCCGGAAAAGGCUGGCAACUUCAUCAGCAAGCCGAUGUCUGCAUGCUCGGGCAAGGAGAUCAUGACCGAGGUGCUUGCCCAUCUGGGCUUCCCCCCAGAAGAUAUUCUUGCCAAAUCAAUCACGAUUCCGGUCCUGAUGCCCCUAGCCACGGCACCUCUGCUCGCUCGGGCUCAUAACCACCGCCCGGAAGUCAUUCCAUUCCAGAGCAAGAAUUUAGCUUUUGUGGGGCAGUACGUUGAAAUCCAGGAUGAUACGACACUGAGUAUGGAGUACAGCGUUCGUGGAGCCCAGCUGGCCGUGUGCUCUCUGAUGAGGCUUCCGAAGCAUCCACCGAAGAUUGAACGACACCUUCUAUUGAAUGUAUUCGAUUUGCUUGGCGGUGCUUAGUUGCCUGUCCCAUGAUACAGCGUUGAGUGAUUCGUUUACUUUUCACGGGCUAUGCACCCCUAUUGUUUUUUCUAAUCUGGACAUACCUUGAUGUUUAUCAUUUCGCACAUCCCUCCUACUGCUUAAUUCUAUGUUGCUACACACCAAAAUGAUAAGGCCUAGUGAUUGUCGAGGGUUGACCUCCAGAGCCUAGCUCAUCACAAUAUGUGUACUCAAUCCAGACUGACCAAUACCAU